AUGACUAGUGAUAAUAUGAAAAAACAUGUUUUGAUGAUAGACAACUAUGACUCCUUUACCUGGAACUUAUAUCAAUACUUAUACCAGUCUAAUUUAUGUGGAAAAGUAGACGUAUAUCGUAAUGAUAAAAUCGAUAUUGAUACUAUUGAAAACAAAAUUAAGCCAGAUAUAAUAUUUAUUUCUCCUGGUCCAGGCCAUCCUCAGACAGAUACGGGUAUAUCAAGAGAUGUUAUCAAACAUUUUAAGGGUAAGGUACCGAUAUUUGGUGUUUGUAUGGGGCAACAGUGUAUUUAUGAAGUAUUUGGAGGAGAUGUAUCGUAUGCUGGAGAGAUUGUUCACGGAAAAACAACAAGUAUUAAGCAUGAUGGAAGGGGGAUGUUUUUGAAUGUUCCUCAAAGCAUUGCAGUAACAAGGUAUCACUCUUUAGCUGGGGCUUUAAAAACCUUGCCCGAUUGUUUGGAAGUGACUGCCACGACUGAGACGUCUCCCGAAGUAAUCAUGGGUGUAAGGCAUAAGAAAUACACAAUAGAAGGAGUGCAGUUUCAUCCUGAGUCGAUAUUGACUGAGUCUGGUCAAAUUAUGAUUGAUAAUCUUUUAGCAGUUUCUGGAGGAACAUGGGAAGAAAACAAAGAGAAGAAUACCAGUCCUUCUCCUGAAAGCAAGAAGGAGAGUAUUUUGAACAAAAUAUAUGAAAAAAGGCGCCAAGACUAUAUGGAGAUUGAAAAUUUGCCAGGAAAAUCUUUCCAUGACUUGGAAAUAGCGCUUUCGUUAGGUUUGGCUCCUCCAUUGAUCAAUUUUUAUGAUAGACUUAUUCAUACGAAAGAGAACUUGAAGCAAACGAUUAUCUUGUCUGAAUUCAAGCGGGCCUCUCCCUCUAAGGGAAUCAUCAAUAUUAGUGCAAAUGCGGGUAUUCAGGCGAAGACGUAUGCUACUUAUGGUAGCUCGACGGUGUCUGUCUUGACCGAACCAAAUUGGUUCAAAGGAUCCUUAGACGAUUUGACCUUGAUAAGAAAAGUGUUGGAUACAGUGGAUGUACCUAAUUAUCAGAGACCAGCCGUUUUAAGGAAAGAGUUUAUUUUCAACAAGUAUCAGAUCUUAGAAGCCAGAUUAGCCGGCGCGGAUACCGUUCUUCUUAUUGUGAAAAUGUUGAAGGAAGGAUCAAUACUUCAAGAUUUGUAUGAAUAUUCGUUGUCACUCGGAAUGGUGCCUUUAGUUGAAAUCAACGAUGCAGAGGAGCUAAGUGUUGCACUUAAGCUUACGCACAAUGGAAAUACAAAAGAGCCUCUAGUUCUCGGUGUAAAUAACAGAAAUUUAAUAACAUUUGACGUUGACUUAGGUACAACAAGGUCCCUUAUUACUGGGGCAAAAGAGAAUAACAACAGGGAAGGCGAUGUCUUGGUAUUAGCCUUGUCAGGUAUAACUAGUACUGAAGACGUGAGAAAGUACAAAUAUGAAGAUAAAGUUGACGGUUUUUUAAUAGGAGAAAGCUUAAUGAGAGCAGAAGAGAAAGGAAAAGCUGCUGAGUUCUUAAAUGAACUAUGUACCUGUUGA